CGGAGGAGGAAAGCGGCGGCGACUACGAGGAAGACGCCGAGGCCUGGGCCAUGGAACUGGCGGACGUGGGGGCGGCAGCCAGCUCGCAGGGUGCGCCGCAGCCAGAGGAGCCAGCGGUCUCCUUGGGUGUAAAUGAGAAGGGUGGGGCAGGCGGACGCUCGGGGCGGCGGCCACUGGGGCGCGACCGUCCCCGCCCCACUCGGCUCCUCUAAGAGAGGGCUGCCACUCUCUGCCUUGUGUUACGCGGCGGGUACCUCUAGAGGAAUGGCUUCACCCAGUAGGAGUAGGGUGGGGCGCGUCCACACUACAAAUACGUGUCGAGGGUUUAUCUGCACCGUCCUUUCGUCUGUGAGGGGCGAGGUGGGGCGGGAAUCCCUCAGCCAGCCUGACGAAAACUGCAGAGGCUUCCGGGCCUUUUAACUUUGGAAAAGUUGAGGACCUUGUCGCUCAUUUGGCAGAAGGUACCAUGUUUUAAGGAACUGUCAGUUGCUCAGAGAUAAUAAGCAGCCUGAAUUUCUUUUUAUUUCUUUGCAUAUUGUGCAGGAGUUCAUGAUCAAGUGGUGCCUACACCAAAUUCUUCAUCCAGAGUCAUAGUACAUGUAGAUCUGGAUUGCUUUUAUGCACAAGUAGAAAUGAUCUCAAAUCCAGAGCUAAAAGACAAACCUUUAGGGGUUCAACAGAAAUAUUUGGUGGUUACCUGCAACUAUGAAGCUAGGAAACUUGGAGUUAAGAAACUUAUGAAUGUCAGAGAUGCAAAAGAAAAGUGUCCACAGUUGGUAUUAGUUAAUGGAGAAGACCUGACCCGCUACAGAGAAAUGUCUUAUAAGGUUACAGAAUUACUGGAAGAAUUUAGUCCAGUUGUUGAGAGACUUGGAUUUGAUGAAAAUUUUGUGGAUCUAACAGAAAUGGUUGAGAAGAGACUACAGCAGCUGCAAAGUGAUGAACUUUCUGCAGUGACUGUGUCGGGUCAUGUAUACAAUAAUCAGUCUAUAAACCUGCUUGACGUCUUGCACAUCAGACUACUUGUUGGAUCUCAGAUUGCAGCAGAGAUGCGGGAAGCCAUGUAUAAUCAGUUGGGGCUCACUGGCUGUGCUGGAGUGGCUUCUAAUAAACUGUUGGCAAAAUUAGUUUCUGGUGUCUUUAAACCAAAUCAACAAACAGUCUUAUUACCUGAAAGUUGUCAACAUCUUAUUCAUAGUUUGAAUCACAUAAAGGAAAUACCUGGUAUUGGCUAUAAAACUGCCAAAUGUCUUGAAGCACUGGGUAUCAAUAGUGUGCGUGAUCUCCAAACCUUUUCACCCAAAAUUUUAGAAAAAGAAUUAGGAAUUUCAGUUGCUCAGCGUAUCCAGAAGCUCAGUUUUGGAGAGGAUAACUCCCCUGUGAUACCCUCAGGACCACCUCAGUCCUUUAGUGAAGAAGAUUCAUUUAAAAAAUGUUCAUCUGAAGUUGAAGCUAAAAAUAAGAUUGAAGAACUACUUGCUAGUCUUUUAAACAGAGUAUGCCAAGAUGGAAGGAAGCCUCAUACAGUGAGAUUAAUAAUCCGUCGGUAUUCCUCUGAGAAGCACUAUGGUCGUGAGAGUCGUCAGUGCCCUAUUCCUUCACAUGUAAUUCAGAAGUUAGGGACAGGAAAUUAUGAUGUGAUGACCCCAAUGGUUGAUAUACUUAUGAAACUUUUUCGAAAUAUGGUGAAUGUGAAGAUGCCAUUUCACCUUACCCUUCUAAGUGUGUGCUUCUGCAACCUUAAAGCACUAAAUACUGCUAAGAAAGGGCUUAUUGAUUAUUAUUUAAUGCCAUCAUUAUCAACAACUUCACGCUCUGGCAAGCACAGUUUUAAAAUGAAAGACACUCAUAUGGAAGAUUUUCCCAAAGACAGAGAAACAAACCGGGAUUUCCUACCAAGUGGAAGAAUUGAAAGUACAAGAACUAGGGAGUCUCCACUAGAUACCACAAAUUUUUCUACAGAAAAAGACAUUAAUGAAUUCCCACUCUGUUCACUUCCUGAAGGUGUUGACCAAGAAGUCUUCAAGCAGCUUCCAGUAGAUAUUCAAGAAGAAAUCCUUUCUGGAAAAUCUAGGGAAAAAUUUCAAGGAAAAGGAAGUGUGAGUUGUCCAUUACAUGCCUCUAGAGGAGUAUUAUCUUUCUUUUCUAAAAAACAAAUGCAAGAUAUUCCCAUAAAUCCUAGAGAUCAUUUAUCCAGUAGCAAACAGGUAUCCUCUGUAUCUCCUUGUGAACCGGGAACAUCAGGCUUUAAUAGCAGUAGUUCUUCUUACAUGUCUAGCCAAAAGGAUUAUUCAUAUUAUUUAGAUAAUAGAUUAAAAGAUGAACGAAUAAAUCAAGGACCUAAAGAACCUCAAGGAUUCCACUUUACAAAUUCAAACCCUGCUGUGUCUGCUUUUCAUUCAUUUCCAAACUUGCAGAGUGAGCAACUUUUCUCCAGAAACCACACUACAGAUAGCCAUAAGCAAACAGUAGCAACAGACUCUCAUGAAGGACUUACAGAAAAUAGAGAGCCAGAUUCUGUUGAUGAGAAAAUUACUUUCCCUUCUGACAUUGAUCCUCAAGUUUUCUAUGAACUACCAGAAGCAGUACAAAAGGAACUGCUGGCAGAGUGGAAGAGAACAGGAUCAGAUUUCCACAUUGGACAUAAAUAAGCAUAUUCAGCAAAAAGGUCUGAAAAGCAAGGGAAUACCAUUAUUUUCGGAUUAGCGGUUUAUUAAGCUCUUCUAUAUUAAACACUAAUAGAUAUUCAAUAAUGGAGUAAACUGUUCCAGAUAAAGCAAGAAUAGUUGCAAGAAGUAAAUUCUGGCACAAAGCGUAAAAAUAUAACAGAAGAAAUAAUGUAAAAUACUAUCUUUUAUGUCUAAAGCCAUUUUAUAUUACUUUUCAAUAAAAAGAAUAUCAUGGUCAA